UUUACUUACCCAGGUUGGAAGGAGUGAGGAGUGGAGUUCGAGGUGGUUGUUGCAGGAAACAGUACGGUAUUUGUUCGCCAUAAACCAACCCAUUGAAACAGUCGCUGCAUAGGCCAUGGAUGCCUUGGAUCCCUGUGCCAGCCUGAUGGAGCUGGAUGACAUUGAGGACCUGGUGGGCGGCCGGGAAGGGCCGGCACGUGUGCGGUCCGCACCUCUGGUGCGUGCCCGGCGCAAGAAGACGCCGGCCGCUGACCAACCGGCGCCCGAGCCGCCCCCCGUCUGCGACAGCGUGGUGCCCGGCACGCAGCGUGUGCACGUGCGCACCUGGGGCUGCACGCACAACAGCUCUGACAGCGAGUACAUGGCCGGCCAGCUGGCUGCCUAUGGCUAUAUCAUUGCUGAUGACCCUGAUUCCGCUGAUCUCUGGCUCUUGAAUAGCUGCACCGUGAAAUCGCCGGCAGAAAGCCACUUCCGAAACGAGGUGGAGCGAGGCCGCAGGGCUGGCAAGCACGUGGUGGUGGCCGGCUGCGUGCCUCAGGGUGCCCCCAAGGCCGACUACCUCAGGGGUCUCAGCGUGAUAGGCGUCCAGCAGAUCGACAGGGUGGUCGAGGUGGUAGAGGAGACGCUGAAAGGCCAUACCGUAAGGCUGUACGGUCAGAAGAAGGACGGUGCGAAGAAGCUGGGAGGCGCGCCGCUGCUGCUGCCCAAGAUCAGGAAGAACCCACUGGUCGAGAUCAUUCCCAUCAACACGGGAUGCCUGAACCAGUGCACCUACUGUAAAACAAAGCACGCUCGCGGAGAGCUGGGCAGCUAUCCGAUCGAGGAGAUCGUGGCGCGAGCAGAGCAGGCUUUCUCGGAGGGCGUCUGCGAGCUGUGGAUCACCUCGGAGGACACGGGCGCCUACGGCCUGGACAUCGGCGUCACGCUACCCCAGCUGCUCUGGCGGCUGGUCGAGGUCGUCCCCGACGGCUGCAUGCUCCGUGUCGGCAUGACCAAUCCCCCCUACAUUCUGGACCAUUUGGAGGAGAUUGCGCGCAUUCUCUCGCACCCCAACGUGUACGCGUUCCUGCACGUGCCCGUCCAGUCUGGCAGCGACGCCGUGCUCGAGGACAUGAAGCGCGAGUACUUCGUCCGCGACUUCCGCCGCGUGGUCAACUUCCUCAAGGAGAGGGUGCCCGGCAUGACCAUCUGCACGGACAUCAUCUGCGGCUUCCCCACGGAGAGCGAGCACGACUUCGAGCGCACUCUGGAGCUCUGCGCCGAGUACAAGUUCCCCAGCCUCUUCAUCAACCAGUUCUACCCCCGGCCUGGCACGCCGGCGGCGAACAUGCAGCGCGUUCCCACCCAGGAGGUGAAGCGGCGCACGCGGGCGCUCACCGACCUGUUCCACUCGUACCGGCCGUACGACCAGCUGGUGGGACAGCGACAGCGCGUGCUGGUCACGGAGAUCUCGCACGACAAACAGUUCUACGUCGGACACAACAAAGCGUACCAGCAGGUGCUGGUUCCAAUGGAGGCGGACUUCAUGGGCAAGCUGGUGACGGUGGAGAUCGUGUCGGCCUCCAAGUUCUCCAUGACUUCGCGCGUGGUGCGUGAGGCUGCGCCUGUCAGCCCCGUGGUGAUCAAGGGAAGCCUUGACUUGAAGGUGGCCGCACAGGUCAACGUUCCCGUCGUGGCCUGGUGUGCUGUCGUGCUGGCUUAUUUGGCGUGGAGGUUUUUAGGCCGUUGCGGCUGGUGAGCUUUGUUGUGUGUUUGAAACGGUGACGCUGAAUAUAUUUUGAAGAAGCUGC